AAAGCAGAUCGUCUUCCUCGUAGGAUCGACGGGGAAUACUGGAUCAUCUAUCGUUCGUGCGUUGGCGAAACUGCCAGAGAGAUUUGUUAUAAAAGCCCUCGUUCGACCGUCCUCGAUGGACAAGCCUAUCGUUCAAGAAUUUCGAGGCCUAGGAGUUGAGAUCGUUCCAGGAGAUUUAGCUGAUACCCAAGAGUCGCUAGAGACCAAAUUGAAACAUGCGGACAUCCUCGUUAAUACCACCUUACCGUUUGAAAUCGAGCAUCAGACCAAACUCUUCCUUGCGGCCAAACAUUCCGGUGUCAAAAGAGUGGUUCCGUCUGAUUUUGGCCCUUCUGCGCCUCCGGGUGUGAUGAAAUAUCAAGACUCUGCUACGACAAUUCAUAAUCAAAAACGAGAUCCCGUACACUUUCAUCCAAGUUGGGUGGUGGUCACCGUUAUUAUUUCCCUACCGACACGCGGUCGAAGGCGACUCGAUUAGAAUUAUGAUGGGAAAACAAUUUUAUGGGUCCGGGAAAGUGAAGAUCGCCUAUACCGCUAUCGAACGCGUCGGAGAUUUUGUUGCACGUAUUAUUGGGGAUCCACGGACGUUGAACAAGACAGUGCAAACUUGGGGUUGGCGAGACUACGCUCGAAGAGGUUUGGGGUGUGGCUUCUAGAAUCACG